UCCCGGGCGCAGGCGCGGUGGUCCCAUUGAGCCCGUGGUGGGGAGGUUCUUGCGGCUCCAUUUCUUUUGCUCCUGCGGGACCGCGAAAGGGUCGUGUGGCUGCGACGAUGAAGCGCACCGUGUCGCGUAAUAAGCUGAAGGGCCUGGUGAGGCGGCACAAGCCUCAGCUGGGGAUGGCCGCGAACAUGGACUUGCUGGUACAUUUGAACUUCUUAUUGUUUCUGCAUCGAUUAGCUGAAGAAACCCGGACUAAGGCUAUUGCAGACAAGAGCAAAACCAUUAAAUAUGAACAUGUUCUGACUUCAGCAAAGGUAAUACUUAGAAACUGA